AUGAAUAAAUGUAUAUGCAUUCCUCCUAGGAAAUAGAAUUCUCCACCUGAAAAUUCAUUUGUCAGCAUUGAUUCCCUAGACUUUGAAGAAAGUAAAGCAAUAAAAAAUGGAUUGAGAGAAUUAUUGAACAAAUUGAGUUAGCCUUAUGAACAGGAGAAAUUUUCAUUGAAAUUUAAGGAUCCUAUUCUGGAACAAGAUUACCAAAAGUAACAACAUCAACAAAUCAAUAAUUUCAGUUUCAUUUACCUCUUGGAAUUGUUUGUUGUAAUGAUUUAUUAUAACUACAGAUGGGCAUGGAUGAUAUCAGUUGCCUUAUAUGUAGUAGCUGUCAUACAGUACUUUCUUGGAAAAAAGUACUAUUUCAUUUCACUAAAUCUAGCACCUGUAUAAUCUAUAAUGGUCUUUGUUUCGAUUUUCUAACUCGGUAUCGUUGGAAAUCCAAGCUUUGCUUAAGUAGAUUUGUUCCAAGUAAUAACAGGCUUAAUUGCGACAUUGUCAUUUUUCAGCUAUUGCUAGAAAAGUCUAUUCUGGACAUAUUUAAUAUGCAUCUUAUUUUUACUUAUCAGAACUUGGUUUUGGAUUCCUGAAAAUUUUAGAUACUUCCGCUUUAAUUUGUUCUAUAUAACGUGCUUCGUCUUUAUUUACAUAUUUUCAAGGCAGUUUGUAUCAAAGGAAAGAGAGAGAUUUAAGCGAAGAUAGAAUUAAAAGUAGCUGCUCAAGAUGUUUCAUAAUCUAAUCAGAACCCAUCAUGAUGGAAUUAUAAUAAGUUAAAACCAGGACAUCUUAUUUCACAACCAAUAGAUUGACAAAAUUUUCGACUAGAAGCUAAUAGAUGAUUAAAUCCCUGCCAACCCAGAAAAUAUUGUUAGGAAUGAAUUACAACCAAUUAUUAAGCAUAAGGAGCUGAUUAAAUCGUCACUGAAACUAGCUAUAUAUAAGUAAGAAAAACGGCAAAACUAGCAGAUAGCACCUACAGAGGAAGAUAGUUCUUAUUACAUGAUGAAUUUGUGGGAAUUUAUCAUGAAUCAAAACUAAAACAGAAGAGAAUCCUAAAAGAUUAAUGACAGUUUUAUAAGAAGAAGCAGACUUGAGGAAGGAAACCCUCUUGCAGAUGGAGGAGUUUUCUUUAAAUAUAAGAUCUAUGGGGACAGUGAUGAAGCAUAGACUAAGAAAAAGUUGCAAGUGUAUUCAACUAGCAUCAGUACUGGAGAUAGAAAAAUUAUUAUGACAACUAUUAGAGAUAUGUCGUUUUGGCUUGACUACUAAAAAGAGAAGAACAUGUCUCAGAUGAAAACACUAGCAUUUGCCUCAGCAGCUCAUGAAUUCAGAAAUCCUUUAAAUGCGAUCACCGCAUCACUAGAUUUACUGACAAAUUAUGUUAGCUAAGAUCGAGCCUAGACUUAUUUAAGAACCGCUAAGAACUCUUCAAAUCUCAUGCUUUACCUCGUGAAUGAUAUCUUGGAUUUUUCUCAGCUUGAAUCUAAGAAUCUCCUACUCAAUCUAAAGCAAACAAAUAUCCAAGAUACUAUGAAUGAAGUUUCUGGAAUUUUAGGUUUCAAGGCUUAGUAUAAGAACAUUUUGCUUGAGCAUGUAAUUUCAGAGUUCGUGCCUUGUACAUUUGUGUCUGAUCACAAUAGGCUAAAAUAGAUUCUUAUUAAUCUCAUCUCAAAUGGAAUCAAGUACACAAUUAAAGGUUCAGUGAAAAUAUUCAUAGACUACGAAAGCUAAUUAAAACACAUAAAGUUUUAAGUAAAAGAUACAGGAGUAGGUAUUAGUCAUGACUAAUAUGGCAAACUAUUUUCAGCCUUCACAAAGAUAAUGAAAGACAGAGAUUUAAACCAAGAAGGAGUAGGACUAGGUCUCUAAGUUAGUAGGAAUUUGGCGAACGCACUUGGCGGAGAAAUUUCAUUCGAAUCACAAGUUGGCGUUGGAUCUAAUUUUACCUUGGCUCUGCCAUGUACUCAAAGUAUUGAGGAAUUUGAAAUGCAUAUUAACCAGCAUAGAGUUCAAGAGUUUAUCAGAUCUAAGUCUUUAAAAUUUGAGGGAUACAGGUCAAAUCAAAACUAGCUGAACUUGUCUCUUAAGGAAGUAUCGCAUAAUAAAGAGUCAAUUUCACAAGACAAAUCUAAUUUUAGUGAUGAAUAGCGAGAAGCGUAUAAUGGAUAAGAUUCCCAUGAUCAUGAACUGAAUCAUAACUUUAGCUAGUAUCAGUUCAACAAAAUUAAGAGAAAAAGUAGAAUAAAUUGGAGCUUGAAUAAGGAAAGUGAAAAUACCCAGUACGAUUUUUCAUUUACAGAACAAGACAACUUGAAGAGUACUAAUAGAAAGCUACUACUUUAAAAUUCAGCAAACAAUAAAUAAGAUGAAAAUACAGAAAUGAAUAUUGAUUUUGAAUCGCAAUAGCAAUAACAGCAGCCCAUAGUUAAAAAGCAAAGAACUAAAAAGUAAAAAGAUCCUGCUAAAACUGAGUACUUGAAAUGCAAAUGCUCUAAAAUACUGAUUGUAGACGAUGAACCAUUCAAUUUGAUUGCGCUAGAGGGGCUGCUUAAUUAACUAGAAAUUGAGGAUAUAGAUAAAUCGUACAAUGGGCUUGAAGCGAUCACUAAAAUAUAGGCUAAUUCAACCAAUAAGUGCAGAUCCAACAAUCACCAAGGAUAUCAGCUCAUCAUUACAGAUAAUCAGAUGCCAGUAAUGAACGGAUUAGAGAUGGCGAGAUAGAUAUAGGAGAUAUGUGAGAAAGAUCUCAAACUCAAAAGAAAUAAGCCAUUUAUAGUGCUUUUAUCAGGUGAUUCUAUUGACGUUAAAAAUGAAUUACGAAAAAAUUUUAAUGAUAUUAUCCUCAAGCCUGUAAAUGUCUAGAAACUCAAGGAAAUAGUUUAGAAAUAUUAUUACUAAUGA